CUUGCAGGCAAAAUGAAGGACCGGCUAGCAGAGCUUCUGGAUUACUCCAGGCACUAUGACCAGCAGUUCCCCGAUGAGGACGACAUUGACGCCCCCCACGAGGACAUCGUCUUCGAGACGGACCACAUCCUGGAGGCCCUGUACCGAGACAUCCACGAGCUUCAGGUGGAGAACCAGCAGCUGGUGGCCGACGUGAAGCGCCUGGGGAAGCAGAACGCCCGCUUCCUCACGUCCAUGCGGCGCCUCAGCAGCAUCAAACGCGACACCAACUCCAUCGCCAAGGACAUCAAGGCGCGGGGCGAGGCCAUCCACCGCAAGCUGCUCGCCAUCAAGGCGCUCAGCGAGAAGGCCGAGGCCCAGCACGGCGAGCACUCGGCGGUGGCGCGCAUCGCGCGCUCCCAGUACAGCGCGCUCACGCGCACCUUCCAGAGCGCCAUGCACGACUACAACCAGGCCGAGAUGAAGCAGCGCGCCAACUGCAAGAUCCGCAUCCAGCGCCAGCUCGAGAUCAUGGGCAAGGACGUCUCGGGCGACCAGAUCGAAGACAUGUUCGAGCAGGGCAAGUGGGACGUGUUCUCCGAGAACCUGCUGGCCGACGUGAAGGGCGCGCGCGCCGCGCUCAACGAGAUCGAGACCCGCCACCGCGAGCUGCUGCGCCUGGAGAGCCGCAUCCGCGACGUGCACGAGCUCUUCCUGCAGAUGGCCGUGCUGGUGGAGGAGCAGGCCGACACGCUGAACGUCAUCGAGCACAACGUGCUGCAGACCCUCGACUACACCGGCGAGGCCAAGAUGCAGGUGCGCAAGGCCGUGGAGUAUGAGAAGAAGAACCCCUGCCGGACCAUCUGCUGCUUCUGCUGCCCCUGCCUCAACUAGGCUGCCGGCAGAGCCACCCCAGCCCGGAGCAGGCCCGAGGCCCCAGUGGGAAAGGCCACCCAAGGCGGGGCUCUCAGGUGGCCUCGGAGCUCAGUCUUUCAAGUGAGAAAACGAGGGUCCCAGACUGCACCCAAGGGUGCAGAGCACCGAGGCUGACACUGUCGAUGUUUCUUUCACUCAAAAGCUCACUGCCAUUGAGGCAAUCCUGACGCAUCACGGCCCUAGUGGACGCAGGAGAACUGCCCACCGUGAGUUUCCGAGACCGCACCCAUGGGAGUAGAAAGCCCGGUCCCCGGGAGAAACCGCGGAGCAGCUGGUAGUUGUAAACUUCGGGCCUUGAGUGUAGCAGCCCACGCAGGACCACUCUGCCCCCAGGGCUCUUUCACGGCUCUUUGGCACGGACAAAACCUACUGAGAUGAUGUGGGGUGACUAGACACAUUGUAUGCUUGCCCUCCUAAGGAGAACCAAAUAAGGACGUGACUUUGACGGUAGGCAAGGCGUGUGCCCUGAUCUCUGGAAAACUCAGGCAGAAGUCAGUUCAGUGUCCCUUAAUAGUGUGAACUCAUUAGCAAAACUUAAAGAUGUGUGUACCUUGCCCGUGAAUGCCCUUAAGAUCGCUGGGUGGUGCAGUUCAUGCACUGGGCUGCUAACCGGCACUGUGAGAGGUUUUGAACCCACCCAGAGGGGCCUUGGAAGAACAACGGCGAUCUACUCCUGAAAAGUUAGCCAUUGAUAGCCCACGGAGCACAGCUCUCUUCUGACACGCGGUGUGCCAGAGGAUGGCGUGAGUCAGAACCCGGUGUGUGACAACCGGCUUGGUGUGGGUGUUUAAAGCUGGUGGUGCUGUCUGGUCAGAUUGCACUGUUAACCAAGGUUGGCGAUGCAAAGCCCCAGCUUCUCCUCGGGAGAAAGAGGAAAUUGCCUGCUGCUGUCAAGGUCACGGUCUAGUGGACCCUAUAAAGGUUUUGAAGAUUUGGAAUUGACUGGAUGGCAUUGGGGGUUUUGGGGGGUUGGGGUUCUAUUCCAUUUCUUGUGAAAUUGACCUGGGGAAAAACCAAACCCCCUUCAUGCCUCUGUUUCAUGUGAUUUCUAGCCUAGAAGUACCUCCAUUCUGCUUGCUCCCUCCCCCAUCCAAUCCCAUUAAUGCCCUCACCUCUCCUGUAAGACUAUCUUCCACCAGAACAGGUUUUGGAAUUUUUAUCCAAAUAUUUUUAAGCACUGAGUAUUGAACAAGCACUCAAUUGAAGUAUGUAUAAGUCACAUUUUAUAUAUUUUUUUCACUGAUAAAAAUAAUUUAAUUUUACCUUUUUACGUAUAUAUGCGCACAUAUAUGGAAGUGUAAAAUACUAAUAUUCACCAAUGUGAGUACAUAAGAACUAGUUUAAUUUUGUUAAGUAUGACAUAGCAAGAGAGAUGGAUACUUUUGGUUAUUAGUGUUGAUUUCCUUGUUUUGAGUUCAUCAUGCCCCAGGUUUUGCAUCUCUGCAGCCCAGCUGGGAUUAAGAGUUGAUUUUGAACAGUUCUGUGCUGGUUACGCUGGUGAAGACAGAUGUUGAAGGCUGAAAAGACAUAAGGAACAAGAGAAUAAAGUCAUGUUCUUGGAAGUACUGCUUUUGCUUUACUGUUUACCAUUCAUGUAUUAAAAUGGAGUAAUUUAAAAUAAAAGAAUCCUGGUUUUCAAGAAGGCAUAAUAAAUAUUGCAUUUGAAAGA